GCCAUGAUUCGCUUCGACAACCUUCCCCCAGAGGUCAUGCAGGCCAUGUGCACCCCCAUGCACCAGAUCCUCCCCGCGUCUCCCCAGCACAAGACCGGCGCACUCUACCUCGGGUCCUUCUCCGCCAUCCUCGACCCUACCCUCCUCUCGGCCAACCACAUACAGGCCCUCGUCCAGGUGCUUGAUGCGCCAUGGCUCCCAUCCGUCGAGGCGCACGCCGCGCAAGGCAACAAGCUCGAGUGCUAUCGUCUCGAUAUCCUCGACAGCUCCUCCGCCGACCUCCGCCCCCACCUCGAGUCUACCGUGCGUUGGAUAGACGACCGUUUACGGCGGGGCAUCAACGUCCUCGUCCACUGCCAACAGGGCGUGUCGCGCUCCGCCGCUGUAGUCAUUGCCUAUCUGAUCUACACACAUAACAUGACCUACGACUCCGCAUUCGACCUCGUCAAGCGCAAACGCGCCUGCAUCAAGCCCAACUCGGGCUUCGUCCGUUGUCUCCAGGACUGGGAGAAACAAUGGCGCCUCGCGUCCCAGCGGCCCAACGCGCGCCGCGUCCAAACCACCCCGAUCUGAGCUCCCCCCAUCGCGCGUGCCACUCUUCCUCGCUCCUGCCACUUCUGCUUCCUCGCCUGCGCGUACGACGUCGGGCGCGGCCACGUCGGGCGGGGGCGGUGAGUCGCGGUCGAGACGCGUCCCUGUGGAGCGCCGGCGGAUCGCGCUUCCGGGGCCCCACCAAGAUUGCUGCAAACAUCCUCCAUUGUCCUCUUUGGCUCAUCCAUCCAUCGUCCGUGCCUCCGAGACCCCCGCGCGCGCCAAGCUAGCCCCUCCACUUCUCAAUUGCCCUCGCCACCUCUGCGCGCUCCCGAUCACGGCGUUGGCCCCUUGUACCAGUAUAUGCGUCUUCGGCCCCGCGCCAGGCCCCAAAACCCAAGACAAAACUCCCCAGGAAGCAUAUACCACUCCGACGCAGCAGCGGCUGCGACAAUCGAUACUCAUCCUGCGCCUCGAUUCCCCGCGACUCCGACGGACGCUCCCGGACACUGGCACAUCGCUCAAUCUACAUCUGUAGUAUGUAUAUACAAUCGCAGUCUCCCCCGUCACUGUCCCCGCUGUCGCACGCCUCCCCGCGUCCCGUUCCCCGGCACAUACACCUACUCUACAGUCUGUUCGGGUAUUCGUCGUCCUCGGUCCCCCGGAUCCCUCGCGCUCGCUUCCACCUGGGUAGUCGGCCCCCGGCUCGACUGGGACUCGUUCUCGCUCCACCGCGCAUCGCUUCUCCCGCACCUGUACACCUUCCGCACUCACUCGCCGUCGUGUAUGUGUACACCCCAUCCGUUGCCGCUGCUCUCCCGCUCUCCCGUAUGUAUCCGCACGCUUAGUUAGCAGUAGUAGUCGUCCAUUGUCCCGCGCGUCCCCGCACGCACGAUGUAUCACCACCCCAAUACCAGCCCCAAGUUCGCG